AUGAAGAGAAACUUAAAUGAAAAUUCAACUCGAAGUACAGCAGGCUGUUUGCCUGUACCAUUGUUCAAUCAGAAAAAGAGGAACAGACAGCCAUUAACUUCUAAUCCACUUAAAAAUGACCCAAAUAUCAGCACUGCUUCUGACAGUUAUGAUUUCCCACCUUUACCAGCAGAUUGGGCCUGGGAAGCUAUGAAGCCAGAGUUGCCUCCUUUAUCAAAAACAAUGAACACAAGGCAAAUACCACAUUCAGUUUCUCGUCCCCUGACAAGUCAAGAUUCUGUGUCUAAAUCUAUUCAGUCAAACGCAGAAAGAAACCAAGGUGGUUGGAGCUACAGAGAUGGCAACAAAAAUACCAGCUUGAAAAGUUGGGACAGAAAUGAUUUUAGGCCUCAUUGCAAAAGAACAAACGUGGUGGCAAAUGAUGGAAUAAAUUCUUGUCCAAUGAGCUUGGGAGCUCAGCAGAAACAAUUAAGACUAUCUGAACAUCCUAAGUUAUCUCACGAAAGAGAAACUGAAGUACUUCAAAAAACAAAUGUAUCUGGCUCCACAGUGAGAGCUAUAGACAAAAACAAUACAUUACAGGGAUUUAAGCCCAAUUUUCAACAAAAUCAAUUUAAGAAAAAAAUGUUGGAUGAUAUUCCAGAAGAAAACACUCUCAAGGGAUCCUCAUUGUAUCAGUUAAAAUUUAAAGAAAAAGAUAACUCAUUAAGAAUUUUAUCUGUGGUUAUUGAAAGCAUGAAGUACUGGCGUGAACAUGCACAGAAAGCUGUACUUCUUUUUGAAAUAUUGGCUGUUCUUGAUUCAGCUGUUACACCUGGCCCAUAUUCUUCAAAGACUUUUCUUAUGAGAGAUGGGAAAAAUACUUUGCCCUGUGUAUUUUAUGAAAUAGAUCGUGAACUUCCAAGACUGAUUAGAGGCCGAGUUCAUAGGUGUGUGGGAAACUAUGACCAGAAAAAGAACGUUUUCAAAUGUGUUUCUGUCAGACCAGCAUCUGUUUCUGAACAAAAAACUUUCCAAGCAUUUGUUAAAAUUGUAGAUGCUGAGAUGAGGUAUUAUACUAAUGUAAUGAAUGAAAUUUAA